UCAUCCUCCUGCGACUACUCACGUGGUCCCUUCAGAGGCGCUGAACCGGUUUGUCCACUUUAGCCACGAACCACACAGCUGCGUGUCGUUUGAAAGUAGCCCAGAUUACUACGAUCUGAUCUCCUCUUCCUCCUCCUCCUCCUCCUCCACAGCCAUGAGUGACAGUGAUGAAGAGGGCCCCCCCACCCUGUCAGCUGACUCCCUGGCUGCCCUGCAGGAGUUUUACAGUGAGACCAGAACUGAUGAUAUCAAGUGUCUGUGGGAGCAGUUCAGUGUGGGGGAGGUGGAGGAGGACUGGCGGAUGAGUCAGUUCUGGUACACUGACGAAACAGCGACUCAAUUAGCUGAGGAGGUCGUACGAGAGGCAGGAGAGGGCGGCAGGGUCGUGUGUGUGAGCGCCCCCAGUGUUUACCAGAAGCUGAAGCAGGGCGUGGUGGACGGCUCAGACCGGGUGUCCGCUGUCGUUUUGGAGUACGACCGCCGCUUCGCCACCUACGGAGACGACUUCAUCUUCUACGACUACAACCAGCCGCUGUGUUUGCCGGGCGUCGCUCCUCAGAGCUUCGACGUGGUCCUGGCCGAUCCUCCGUACCUGUCCGAGGAGUGUCUGAGCAAAGUGGCCCAAACCAUCAAGUACCUGAGUAAAGGCAAAGUGCUGCUGUGCACAGGAGCCAUGAUGGAGAAUCUGGCCAAAGAGCUUCUGGGUGUGAAAAAGUGCAGUUUCCUGCCGCAGCACAACAGAAACUUGUCCAAUGAGUUCUGCUGCUUCGUCAACUAUCCGUCUGUCCUGCUGAGGAGCUGAAGCGUAUCCGCUGCAGCUUCCUGAAGGACGGAGGACGUCGCACAGAAACUUUACAACUCUGGUUUAAACUCACAGAUAUAAAGGAACUUUGAUUUGUGAGAAAAAAAAUGUGACUUGAUUCAACAUUUUUAAAAAGUCUACUGAAAAAGACUGGACAUUAGUUUGGUCAAUAUUGUCCUGUAAGGUUAAUUUAUUCAGAGGUUUUGCUGCUUUUAUCUGUUUUAUAUCGUUUCACUCUAAAUAUCUUUCAGUUUUUGACGCUGGUUCCACAAAACCAGCAAAUUGAAGAAGUCAGCUCAGACAGAA